AUGCCAUCUGUGGCGAAAGCUUUGACUACGCUUGCUGCAGCUACCCGUGCUCUCCACCCUGUGCUUCAUGGCUAUGGCCACUCAGGGUCGCAUCCCUACGAAGGAGGAAUUGGAGUCAGCUCCAAGCACUGGGACGCCGGCAAGCCGCUCGACGACUUCGACUACAAGUUCCAAGCCUCAGCGGAAGUCCCGAAAGGACAGAACCCCGACUCCAGAGAAGUACGACCUGACCAGAACCACUGGUCCUCCAGCCGACGAUCCAAGGAGCUGCGGAUUUCCUACACCCCAGCCUUCGGGGCAACAGCACUGCACCGACAAGCAGGUCCACUACCUGCGGAUGUCACCACGACCAUCGAGCAGCUCGAGCCCCAGAAGAUCAAGGAGGAUCCCAUGUACCGCGAGCAGCUCAAUGCCAAGUCGGUGGGCUACAAAGGGGCCGAGGAUUCGUUGCAUCGCCGCUUGAAGGAGAUCGAAGAGUCCAAGAAGAAGAAUCCACCGCGGCAACGACCAGGUGCAGCGAAGGACACCGAGAUGCCAUCGGUCCAUGCCUCUUCGGCUCAAAAGGGAGCUCAGGUGACACCAGAGCAGAAGAAGUCCACCAAGAGGGAGAACGACCAGACUCCAGAGCACGAGGAAUGGUCCUUGGUGAAGGAGCCGGAUUCGCCCGAGCAGGACGAUGAGAAGUACCAGAAUGGUCGAUGUGGCUUCUUGACUGAUAGUCAGCGGACGCAGCUAUGCCUCUGUGCGGAGGAGUUCCUGGAAGAAGCUCAUUCGGCAUGGCAAGACAUCCUUCCUCCCGAAGAUGGCAUUGACCUCAUGGAGAUCUGCUGCCCCCCGGACUCGAGAUUGACUCAGACCUUCCUGGACCGUGGACGCAAGGCUAUAAGAGUUGGUUUGCCAGCUCACAACAUCGCCACCUCCAAGGGAGUUCAAGAGAUCAAGAACAUGAUCACUCGUUGGAAGCCAAAGCUGACAUGGUUUUCUUUGCCCUGCGGACCUUUCUCUCCCAUCCAGGAGCUCUUCAACGAGAAAGAUGACUUGGCCAAGGCCAAAAGCAUGGAGAGAAAGCAGAAGGCGAAGAAGAUGAUCAAGAAUGGUCUUGAUAUCGCCACUCAUCAACUUCAACAAGGCCGUGAUGUGGCUUGGGAGUGGCCCUCGAACAAUCGAGGAUGGAAUCUUCAGCUGGUUCGCCAAUUUUGGAGCCGGCUUGAACAGACAGGUGAUCUUCAUUGUGGACACGCCAACGGAUGCGCCUUUGGCUUGCGGGAAGAGAAGUCAGGUCUUCCCAUCCGAAAGCCCUGGCUGAUCAAAACGACCUCCAAAGUGGUGGCUCGAGCAGUUUCACGAACAUGUCCUGGCACAGCAGUUCAUCCACAUCAUCAUGAAUGCAUUGGAGGUUCAGUGGCUCGCAACUCAGGCUUCUACCCUUCGGCUUUGUGCGAUGUGAUCUUCAAGGCCAUCAAAGAGAUGAAUAUGGCUGAAGCCAAUGGUGUGAUCCCAGCCUGCGCCUAUCCCGUCUUUGGCACAGGUGACAUGGAGCUAGAGAAACCCAAGAAGACCUAUGAGCCCCUGAAUGAGAAGGAGAAGCGUGGUGUCCUCCAGAUGCUUGAACGUUUGCACAAAAAGACAGGUCACCCAUCCAAUGCUGCUUUGAGCUCAUGCCUACGACAUCGAGGUGCUCACCCAGAGGUCAUCCAGCUUGCAAGCAAGCACAUGUGCCCUGAAUGUCAGGAACUACGCUCACAACCAGCUCGAGAAGAUCGAGGGCUAUUCACCAUUUCAGUGGGCAUUUGGCAGACAGCCGACUGUCAGUUGGUCCAGAAAGUGGUGCACCUACAACGCCGCGACCUCGGAGAAGCUCUUCAGUGCCUAGGCUUGAACGGGCCCCAGAAGAUGCCCAGCGGACCCCAGAAGAUGUCCGAAUGA